AUGAACCGCACUUUACUGUUCGACGUGCCUGACUUGUAUCAGGCCAUUGAUAGCAUCAUAACCAUAUCGGAAUUGAGGUUUCUUGACUUGUCUCAAUCAUCGCGCAUACAGGACUUUACCGUUGCCUUCCCCACGAACGAAUGGCUCAAGGAUUAUUCACGCCCGUUUGUUUCCCAUCGGGCAAAGGGCAUCCCAGAGGAUUUGAUACUCUCUUGCCAAGUGGUUGGAAUCGAUCCGACCUAUGGCUUUCCACGAAUCUGCGACCAAACUGCCUCGAUCCGUGUUUUUAAGGACAAUGCAUCUGACUGUAAUCGGCCUCAGCUGGCCACAAUCACCACAUCUCACCGGAAGAGGACUGUUCAUAAGCAUAAAGAGAGAUGUCCAUGGUGUCCUGAUCCAUCAGAAGUGACUGUAGUUCAGCAAACGUUGCCCGAUGAUGUCCCGUCAGCAGAUCCGACUUCAGUAUUUAUGCGGUUGUUAGGAGACGACACCAUCAUGCCUCUAUCCAUGCUGGUUCUGGCAGGAACUGCUGUCAUUUCAUCGCUUGGCAUCGCUUGUGUCCUCAUAGCUUUCCUGCGUUUGAAAAGAUCCAAUCGCCAAUUUCCUUCGAAAUCACUCUCUCAACCACGUUCUCGGUCAAAUCUGGUAAAAAUACCAAUUAGAGAUGCGCCAUGGGAACAGACGCGUCCUACCUACUGGCUGUCGUCUUCAUCGAAAUAUGAAGCCACAACGACUUCGCCGCUCGAGUCGGUUUCGUCUAUAGGCACGCGAUCGUCACUGGAUGUUCCGAGCUACCGAUCCAAAGUUACGAUACCACGAGAGCACCUCUACCACCAAAUUCCUCCAAAUUCAUCGGUGGAAUCUGAGCAAGAACCUGGCAAGUGA